AUGACAAAUCUUGUCGCUCUUCCACAAGAUGUCGUCAAUAAAAUAGCGGCUGGCGAGAUCAUACACAGCCCCGUUCAAGUAAUAAAGGAAUUGCUAGAAAAUUCUAUCGAUGCCAAUUCAUCUGCCAUCUCUAUUAUUGUAAAAAACGGAGGACUAUCUAGGAUCAAUAUCACUGACGAUGGCCACGGCAUCUCGAAGGAUGAGCUUCCAAAACUAUGCCAAAGAUUUAAUACAUCUAAAAUCCGGUGCUUUGCUGACCUUCAAAAAUUGGAAACCUUUGGAUUCAGAGGUGAAGCGCUUGCAAGCAUCAGCUACGUAUCUCGUCUUUUGAUAACAAGUCGAUGCGAAAAUAGUUCCGUUGGAUAUAGGUACUCAAUUCGGAACAUUGUAACCAUCAGGGCCGAAUUUUCUAAUGGAAAAUUAGUGGAGCAUUCAUUUAAGCCAAUUGCUGCGAACAAGGGAACUCAAUUCACCGUGGAAGAUCUUUUUUACAACUGCCUUCAAAGGAAAUCUAUGCUGAAGUCCCCUAAUGAGGAAUAUUUGAAGAUUGUCCGGCUUGUGCAGUUAUAUUCGAUUGACAGGUGUGGGAUAUCUAUCAGUUUGAAAGCCGAUACAGGGCGUAACUUUGACAUUCUGACAAACUUAAAUCUCUCCAAGGAGGAGAAAAUCGGAAAAAUUUAUGGUGAUCAAUUGGUGCAGUCCUUGAUCAAAAUUGAGCAAUCGUGUACUUCUCCUCCUUUGAAAUAUGAGAUGUAUUUUUCGAAUCCAAAUUUCCAUUUGAAAAAAUUGGAGUUUAUUUUAUUCGUCAAUGGCAGGCUUGUUGAAAAUAAGGCACUAAAGAAGGCAUUUUCCGACUUUUAUGGUACCAUAUUGCUUAGGCACACACACCCAUUUGUAUAUUUAAAGCUGGGUGUUGAUCCCCAUGAUAUUGAUGUAAAUGUGCACCCAACUAAAAGCGAGGUCCUUCUAUUAAAUGAGUCGGAGAUAAUCAAGCAUCUUAUGAGCGAGUUGGCCAAUAAAAUUUCUUCCUCGGGCCGCUCUAAAGUGUUCCAGGUGCUGAAUGCAUCUCAAAAACCACCUUCGUUGAUGUGUGCACCGAAAAGCUCAUCGAUUUCUUCUAGCCCUGUUACGAAGGUUCGAACUAGCCCAGCUUCGCCAUCUCUUCUCCGUUCAUUUAGUCCCAAAAUUCAACGAACCUCAACGUCCGGGUACUUACUAGCUAGUUUAAUUCUGAUAGGUAUGCACUUCCCCUAUCCCCUAUCCCCUAUCCUUUAUCCUUUAUCCUUUAUCCUUUAUCCUCUAUCCUUUAUUCCUUUUACUCUGAUCUUAGCGUUCAAAGAACAGGUUAAAAAAAUUUGCUUUGUUGGAUGUAUCGAUGGUCACAAUUCCAUUUUCCAGAUCGAAACCACGCUUUAUAUGCUCAACCAUUCGGCCUUAUUUUUUGACUAUUUUUCCUUUUUUAUUUUGAAAAACCUCUCUUGUUUGCCCAUAAUUGAACUGGAAUCAUCAAAAUAUGUUGACAUUUCUGCGUUGGACAGCUGCAAAUUUCGACCUUUAUUGUCAAAAUCGGAUAUUUUGGAUGCAAGAGAGAUGUUAGAAGAUUAUUUUUCAUUAAGGAUCACGGAUGACGGACUUGUGACUGGCCUUCCAAUACUUCUCCAGAAUUUUCCACUUGAGUAUUUUGAUGCCAAAUCAUUCAUGGUCUCUUUUAUGUCAUAUUCUACCAUUAAUUGGGAUGAUGAAGAGGAGUGUCUUUUUUCCAUUGCCAAAUCUCUUUCCCAUGCAUUCUCAGCAGCGGUUAUUUCAAGACUUACCGACACCUUGGCUUUCGAUCAAAUUGGAAGAGAAUAUUUUGAAGUGCACCUAGUCCCAUUGUUACGUGACGGAAAUUAUUUUUAUCCGUCCAAGUCUGGGAUCACCACUACUUCAUCCCUCAAUAGGCUCGCUGACCUGAAAGAACUUUACAAAAUAUUUGAGAGAUGCUAG